AUGUACGGGAGAAGGCUUAGCCAAAAAAAGAAAUUUGAGGCUCUCACUGAUCCCGGUAUACCUGACGAGGAAAGGGCCCCUACUCGGAUACGCGAUGAGGCCUUCUCUUUGCUUAACGCAGGGACUGUGACUACUGCGGGAGUACUAAGGGCCAUCUUCUUCCAUCUGCUCCGAAAAGACCAAAUGGUUAAACUUUGCAAUGAACUUGGACCAUCCCCCAGCGCUUCACUUACAGAAGUGGAAGCAAUACCCUACAUUGUCAUGAUUAGCCUGUCCAGCCUUUUUGUGCACAUGAACCCUGAGUUGUUCCCUCAUACACAUUGUUUCAGCCCCGAGCGCUCGAUUCGGGCGCAAGAGAACGGUGACCGCCUAGAAAGCAUGCUGGUAACCUUUUCUAACGGACCUAGGCAAUGUCUUGUUAUCAACCUCGCUACGGCAGAAUUGUAUCUAUUUGUUGCUACUCGGGUGCGGAAAUUUGAUAUGGAUCUUUACAAAACGACACUUGAAGAUAUAGAAACCUACAGGGACUACCAGGUUGGCUUUCCAAAAGAGAAGAGUCCAGGAUUUAAGGCGACUGUCACUCGGGAUUUGACUGCAUAG